ACGUCAUUUGCCACAACACAGACUGAAAUUGUUCCAAGCGAAACACAAAGUUUUACGGUGGAAUCGUCUGCACAAAUAGUUUCAUCUCUACUUUCCACACUGACCAGUUCGGAAGAUUCUACAACUCAGUCUAUUGCAACGUCAGCCAUUUCCAUCACCAGUCUAUUCACUCCAACGACUUCAAUACCGGAAUCACUGACAUCGUCUACACUUACUUCGACACUACCGAGUGUUUACUCAACAGUGUCUGAAACGUCAUUUGCCACAACACAGACUGAAAUUGUUCCAAGCGAAACACAAAGUUUUACGGUGGAAUCGUCUGCACAAAUAGUUUCAUCUCUACUUUCCACACUGACCAGUUCGGAAGAUUCUACAACUCAGUCUAUUGCAACGUCAGCCAUUUCCAUCACCAGUCUAUUCACUCCAACGACUUCAAUACCGGAAUCACUGACAUCGUCUACACUUACUUCGACACUACCGAGUGUUUACUCAACAGUGUCUGAAUUUUUGGAAGAUUCUACAACUCAGUCUAUUGCCAACGUCAGCCAUUUCCAUCACCAGUCUAUUCACUCCCAACGACUUCAAUAA